GCGGGUUGUCGUUACGCGAACAUUCGAAGACGAAAACUGCCGGCGUAAGCAGUUUAGCGGUUCGCAGAAAAGAUCCGUUUAGUGGCGGAGCGCGAUCGUUAGAGAAUCUGAGACACAAACCAUCGUCUACCGGCAGCACGGAUCCCUGGCCCGCAUCCGUAGUUUGAAUUUUCGGAUUUUUGCAACUCAAAGGUGUGGUGCAACCGUAUCGAAGUAAAUCACCAUCAAAAUGCAUCGCGCAAGGACGGCUCUUCACCUGGUGAACCCGAUGGGUCAGCAGAGCUUCGGUGCCUUUCUGCUGAAGAAACCGGCAUCGAAGCUGACCACGGAGCUGGUGGCAGCCUCGUCGGUGAAAUUAUACAACUCGGCCGCGGCAGAACCAUUCCUGAAUGGGUCCUCAUCGAACUACAUCGACGACAUGUACAAUGCGUGGCUGCGGGAUCCAGCUUCGGUGCAUGCGUCUUGGGAUGCAUAUUUCCGCAACAAUUCAUACGCAGGACCGCCAACGCUCGUUCCUUCACCGAAGCACCACGUUCCCGCUGCACAGUACCUUGGUAGCUCACUGCCCGCCCUGGCCGGCGCUGGCGCCGCCGUCGGUGGUCGUAUCGACGAUAAGCUAAUCGAUGACCAUCUUGCCGUGCAAGCGAUCAUUCGCAGCUACCAGAUUAGAGGGCAUAAUGUGGCCCGCCUUGACCCGCUCGGCAUCAAUAGUGCAGACCUGGACGAUAAGACUCCACCGGAGUUGCUGUACUCGUCCUACCGUUUCGAGGAAUCCGACAUGGAGCGCGUGUUUAAGCUGCCGAGCACGACGUUCAUUGGGGGCAAGGAAAAGUUCCUGCCGCUGCGCGAAAUCCUGGGGCGGCUCGAGAAGGCGUACUGCAACAAGAUCGGCGUCGAGUUCAUGUUCAUCAAUUCGCUCGAGCAGUGCAACUGGAUCCGGGAGCGCUUCGAGACGCCCAACAUCAUGAACUACAGCAACGACGAGAAGCGUCUGAUCCUGGCGCGUGUCACGCGUGCCACCGGCUUCGAGGCGUUCCUGGCCAAGAAGUUCUCGUCGGAGAAGCGGUUCGGGCUGGAGGGCUGCGAAAUCAUGAUUCCCGCCAUGAAGGAGGUGAUCGACGUGUCGACCCGGCUCGGCGUCGAGUCGAUCAUCAUGGGAAUGCCUCAUCGUGGCCGCCUGAACGUGCUGGCCAACGUGUGCCGCAAACCGCUGCAUCAGAUCUUCACCCAGUUCGCUGGAUUGGAAGCGGCCGAUGAUGGUUCCGGUGACGUAAAGUACCAUCUGGGAACGUACAUCGAGCGGUUGAACCGCGUGACGAACAAAAACAUUCGUCUGGCCGUCGUGGCCAACCCGUCCCAUCUGGAGGCCGUGGACCCGGUCGUGCAGGGUAAAACGCGGGCCGAGCAGUUCUAUCGGGGCGACGGUGAGGGUAAGAAGGUAAUGUCCAUCCUGCUGCACGGUGACGCUGCGUUCUGUGGCCAGGGUGUGGUGUUUGAGACGAUGCAUCUGUCGGAUCUGCCGGACUACACGACGCACGGUACGGUGCACAUCGUGGUGAACAACCAGAUCGGCUUCACGACCGAUCCGCGCCACUCGCGCUCUUCGCCGUACUGCACGGAUGUGGCGCGCGUGGUCAACGCACCGAUCUUCCACGUCAACGGCGACGAUCCGGAAGCGGUGAUGCACGUGUGCAAGGUGGCGGCCGAGUGGCGCGCCACGUUCCACAAGGACGUCAUCAUCGAUAUCGUGAGCUACCGGCGCAACGGUCACAACGAGAUCGACGAGCCGAUGUUCACGCAGCCGCUGAUGUACAAGAAGAUCCGCGGCACCAAGCCGGCGCUGGACAUCUACGCCAACCAGCUGAUCGGCGAGGGUGUCGUGACGGCCGAGGAGGUGAAGAGCGUCCGGGAGAAGUACGAGAAGAUUUGCGAGGAGGCCUUCGAGCAGGCCAAAACGGAAACGCACAUCAAGUACAAGGAUUGGAUCGAUUCACCGUGGUCCGGAUUCUUCGAGGGCAAGGACCCACUCAAGGUCGCCCCGACCGGGGUGAUCGAGGAGACGCUGGUGCACAUUGGCAACCGGUUUUCUUCACCGCCACCGAACGCCGCGGAAUUCGUCAUCCACAAGGGCUUGCUGCGUGUGCUGGCCGCCCGGAAGGAGAUGCUCGAAAACAAGACGAUCGACUGGGCGUUGGCCGAAGCGAUGGCGUUCGGUUCGCUGCUGAAGGAAGGCAUUCACGUGCGCCUGUCCGGUCAGGACGUCGAGCGGGGCACGUUCUCGCAUCGGCAUCACGUGCUACACCAUCAGACGGUCGACAAGGCCACCUAUCGGCCGCUGUGCCACCUCUACCCGGAUCAGGCCCCGUACACCGUCUGUAACAGCUCGCUUUCGGAGUUCGGUGUGCUCGGGUUCGAGCUCGGUUACUCGAUGACCAAUCCGAAUGCGCUCGUCUGCUGGGAGGCCCAGUUUGGUGACUUCAACAACACCGCCCAGUGCAUUAUCGAUCAGUUCGUGUCCUCGGGACAGGCCAAAUGGGUGCGCCAGAGCGGACUGGUGAUGCUACUGCCCCACGGAAUGGAGGGUAUGGGCCCGGAGCACUCGUCGGCCCGCGUCGAACGGUUCCUGCAGAUGUGCUCGGACGAUCCGGACUACUUCCCGCCCGAGUCGGACGAGUUUGCCAUCCGGCAGCUGCACGACAUUAACUGGAUAGUGGCCAACUGCUCGAAUCCUGGCAACUAUUUCCAUCUUUUGCGCCGACAGAUUGCGUUGCCGUUCCGCAAGCCACUGAUUGUGCUGACACCCAAAUCGUUGCUCCGUCAUCCGGAGUGCCGCAGCAACUUCAGCGAGAUGAUCGAUGGAACCGAAUUCAAGCGAUUGAUCCCGGAUGCACUGACCGGUGAGAACCCGAACGGCGUCAAGCGAGUCAUCUUCUGCACCGGUCGUGUGUACUACGAUCUGCUGAAGGCGCGUCGCGAUCGUCAGCUUGACAGCAGCAUCGCUAUCAGCCGCGUCGAACAGAUCUCACCCUUCCCGUACGAUCUGGUGAAGGCGGAGUGCGCCAAGUACCCGAACGCCGAGCUGGUGUGGGCCCAGGAGGAACACAAGAACCAGGGCUGCUGGACGUACGUGCAGCCUCGCUUCGAUACCGCAAUCAACUCGACGCGCGACUUCAGCUACGUUGGACGUCCGUGCGGUGCAUCGACCGCCACUGGCUCUAAGGCACAGCACAUGAAGGAAUUGAAGAACCUCCUGGACGACGCAAUGGCCUUAUAAAUUACUGGUUCGACUUGUGCAACACACAACAGUACUUCGCAUAAAACACGCUGGACACGCUGUUAUUGUUUGUCUGUGGGUAUUACCGUCCGCGACCGAAUAAAGGUGGACGAUGACAACGGCGACGGCGGAGGGGAGAACAGAACCACAAGAACACAGGGACCUUCGACUUGACCGUUAGUCAAACGCCGAAUGCUAAUGCUACGAGAUAUUAAAUAUGAAGUUAUGUUAGUCCCACGGUGCAGCAACACACAACAAGGCGCACUUGGCGAGUGACGCUUGGUUAUUUAUGAAGUUUUUCACUAGUUUUAGUAGUUCCCCUAUUUAAUGUACGCCGCUAGGCGAAAAGGGCACCACCCGUCGGAACGCAAAAAAAAGGAUCAAAUCAGGAACAGCAGAAGACCCUUCCCUCCCAGUUCCCAGCUCCAGGUUCGAGGCGAAGGACGAAAGAGUUCUUCGCAGAGUUCUGUGAGAAUGGGGCCUGGCCUACACGUGUGUGGCGCUUCUAGGUACAUUUAUUUUUAAUUAGUGAAAGAUCCAUACCGAACCGAAGCACAAGUCUCUCGGCGGGUCUCAGAUGCGCAGGAAAUCACUGUUGAACUAUUUAUUUAUGCUAAUAUUCUUACGGCCGGUGUGUCGCGGCCGUGGGUCGACAGGUCUUGUCGCUAGUGAGUGCGGCCGGCGGGGUCGAUGUGGAAGGACGUGUCUGUCGUUCUAAAUAAAUGCACAGAUAUGGAAUGGAAGCAGUUUUUUUGUUUCUUUUUGUUUUCGGAUUGAAUGGCGAAGACUUACGACAUAAAUUCGCGUGAGCCAAGUUUAGGUAGAUUUAGCGUGAAACCAAACAUUUCUAGAUCUAUUCAAGCAACAACAGUUUAACUCCACAUUAAUACUAGCUGUAGGAUGGUUAAAGCGUUUUUAUCAUGAUGAAAUCGAUUGGUGCUUUCAUUUUUACCGUAAAAUAAACCAAAAUCAAACCCCGUAAAUGGCGACAAAGCGACAUAACCUAUAAUAAUCCCAGUUAUAGCCCCCCCUUGUACCUAGCAAUUGGGGAACACGCGGACAAGCAAAAACAACUAAAUGAUAGACGCGAUUUAAAACUGAAUUCAGAACGUAGUAUUGCCGCCUCUUUGAUAAACCAUAAUCGUCUUUCGAUUGGACACGUGUCUCGUGGCGGUGUUAGCAACGGAUCGUUCUCUCGCGAUCGUUCCGGCGAUCUGUUAGUCCGAAUUCACACGCACCAAGUGCUUCUUCAGCGACUUUGUACAUACACUUGUUGUUCACUGAUAAUAGGGAAGAUAGGGAAGAGUUGAGGAAAGGAACGUGAAGGAACAACCCGAUUGUUACGGAAGGCACGAAAAAUUGUGAAUAUAUUUUGGACGCACUUUUUAGCACUUCUACUUGCACCGAUUCCCGGCCCGGCUGAUGAUGGAAGAGCCGAAUGUCUAGAUAAACUGUAAACGAUAGGCCUAUCCAACCUAUUCUGUACCAAAAUCCAUGCUUAAAAGGGUCGCUCAUUGGCCGGCUGGAACGAUUGUUUGGUGAAAUAAAGCUGAAUACAC